GGACCUCUCAUAGUCCUGCUAAUCUUUACAAGCACUUGCAGACCUGAGUGGAGAGGCAGAUGCAGCAGACACAACCACCAAACUUCCUCGUCAAACUUCUGCUUUUUCUCAGGGGACCAUAAUGAACACCACUAUGACUCCGAACACCACUAUGACUCCCAACACCACCAACAUGACCACCAGCCAUCUGUCAGAGCCCUUCAGAAUCGCCCUGAUCACCAUCUACAGCCUCGUGCUGCUGGUGGGCUCCACGGGUUUAACCUUGAUGAUGAGUUUGUUAAAAAGCAACAUUCGUUCCAUAACCACCAUCGCUUUCCUCAACCUGAUAGUCGCACACUUUAUGUUUCUGCUCACGGUACCCUUCAGAUUGUACUACUUCAUAGACAGAAAGUGGGAACUGCCCCAAGGCUUAUGCAAAGCGGUCAGUGCCAUGAUCCACAUUCACAUGUACGUGGUGUUCAUGAUAUACGCCAUCGUCCUCACGAUCCGUUUCCUCCAGUAUUACAAGAAGACCAAGCGCACAGAGUUUUAUCGACGGCUGCACGCGCUGGGCGCGAGUGCAGCCUUGUGGAUUGUCCUGUUACUGGUCAUGCUGCCUACCGUGCUAACCCAGUAUGGUAAAAAUUAUAAUAGCACGUUGGAAAAACGGUGCUUCAAUUUUGACAAUGAAUUGAACAAUCCCACCAUCUACGCUCUAAACGUGAUCUUAUGCAUGGUUGUUGUGGUCAUCUCGUGCGUUCAGUCCUGUGUCCAGACGAUCAUUCUGACGUCAUUGAUACGCAAGUACGGACCUAGCAGUCGCUUCCAGCAGGAGUUCUGGGUUCAAAUGAAAAACUUUUGCUUUGUACUCAUCAUGCUCAUCUGCCUAAUGCCUUAUCACCUGUUUAGGAUAUACUAUCUAAGAAACACUAAGAUGCUGCACAAUGCAAACGAGGUGUUUUUGGCUAUCACGGGACUCACGUGUUUGGACAUGUUGACGUUCACGGGGAGGGGAGCGUGCAAGUUGUGCUGAACCUGAAACACUAUUACAGGGCCAUACUGCACUUUGGUGCUUUAUAGACGGUUUGCACGGAUCUGAGGCUAACACAGGACUGGGAGACAAGUGUUAUAAAUAAAGUAGAUGAGAUAAUUUUCAUUUCCUGGUGAUUAAAUGCUUCAAAUGGUAUUGUGUAGCAACGCAAAGGCCAUGGGUUUGAUUCCAGGAACACACAAUGAUAAAAAAAAAAUGUGUGUCAGUUCUUCUCAUCCAAGUCGCCAAGGGCCUCAAGUUGACUUAAAGUUACAAUUGUUUGGGGUCUUUGAAUAUUGUUGUGUAAAAUAUUGAAGUUGAGAUUCACCGGUAUAGGUUAAUGGAUAAUAUAUCUAUUGCCUUGGACAAAAGGAUCUGUCAAAUGUAUUUGUGUUCCCUGGAAUUGAACCAAUGACUUUCACAUUGCUUUAGGGGCUUUUCACACUGCGUCUAUACGCCAGGUUAACUUUGUUUUAAACGUAGAUUUUAACCCCAGUUUAAAAAACUUUCACACUUGUAAUGUUGAAGCAGGGUUAUCUCCGAAAUAAACCCACUGUUAUAAACUUUUGUGGGCUUAACCCUGCAUAGAGUACCACAGGGAUGACGUAUUUUUGUAAGCCAACCCGGUAGUUAGCGUGAAACUUAUUUUAUUGCAAAAACUGAACUCUGUGUUUAACAAAAGUUCAUGGCAUGUGCAUGUUUUGUCCAACAAGAUAAUCUGCACAGAUGAAUGAACACAACUUUUUGAAUGAUGAAGUCUUAAUGCAUUUACUAGAUAAAAAAACCUCAUUUAGAAUUUAAGAUUCAUAAAAAGUCGUGUUCAUCUGUGAUUAUCUUUUUGGACAAAACGUGUAAGUGUCAUAAUUUUGUUAAACACCGAGCUUAUUUUUUUUUUGCGAGUUUUGGGGAAAAUAAUUGGCUUUUUAGUGAGGGAACCAGUGUCCUGCUAACUUUUGGGGUUGGACUACAAAAAUACAUCAUCCCUGCAGCACUCUUGCAAUGUCAAACUUGGAAAAUGUUAUGCAUCCAUUCGUACCUCAUUUCACCAUAUGUGUUACAGUGACAGAAAAUAUAAAUAAUGUAAAUAGUCGUUUCAUUUGAGGUAAAUGUGAAAAAUAUUGUCAAAGGGAAUGAAUUGUAGUAUAAAAAGUCCCAGGGGCCAAGAAAGAUUUUCAUGGCGACAGCCCAGAACAUUUGAACCCCGCACUUUAUUUUCUCUUGCACAUUCCUAUGCGCUAUUUACGUUCGAUGGACAUUGGAUUAUUAAUGUAAUCUUUUUUUUUAAAAGUCGAUUCUUUUAUUUUCAUCCAUCAGUGUAAAAUCGUUCACAUCAGCAUCACAGUGCAUCAUAAAAAUCUCGGAAAAUGUGCAAAUUUAGAUCAUUGUAGAUGUUUAAUUAUUUUUAGAGCAUUGGGAUCACUAGACGAGAGCUUAAUAACCUAAUUUUUGUGAAAAGCGACAUUUCUUCCAUUGUUUUAAUUAGCCUCCGAUUAAGUGCGCAUUCCGACUCAUUUUGCCUGGUCACAUAUGGGGAGAACUCCAAUUGGAAGUGAUCAUCCCUAUGCCUUAUAUUACCUUUGAAGAUCAGAGCUGUGCAAUUGUGUCUCAUUGUGUGGCCCCUAAAAAUAGAGCAAUGAAAACGACAGAGUUUUUUCUUAAUCUAGAGGGAGAGUUUAUGCGGCGCCCCCUUCCCGGAGUGCCCCCCAAGGGCCCAAAAACGUAGUUUGGAAUUCGUCCAUGUUCUUUCUCGCCAGGCUUGGCUGUGCAGGAGCAAUUCUAGGUUUUUCAUUUUAGCAGGACUUUUUUAUUAGAGGAUGAUUUUUUUAUAUGAUGAUUGUAUUUUAUACUUAUGUUAAUGCAGUAUUCCACUGUAUUAAAAAUAUAUGUGUGACAUUCUUGUACAUUUACUUUUGUGUACUAAUAUAUUCUGUGCAUGACUGCAUGUUCAUCUAACGCCACAUCCAC